GACGGCUCCUCCCACUCCAAACGGUGGAGGAGAUGCAGAAGCAGUAAGAGAAAGCGCGCGUUGUGAUGUUGCUGUAGUAAUGGCAGUAGUAGCAGGACGGUGUUUGUAGUGACCGCCGGCGUGAGGAGUCGAUACUUUGUGUUUUCGCGGUGCCAUGUCCACCUUGCCCGUGUGUGUCUGACUGUGUGGUUACCCGCAUGACAAUGGAAUGCACCGUGCGAAGCAUGGCCGAUGCCCAACCUAGCGAAGAGCAAUCUGUUGUUCCGGAGGGACGCGUCGAAAAAGUGUGCAAGGAAUGGUUGGUGCGAGAGGAUGGCGUCCUGGCCUACCGGCUGCAGUCGCAAGAGAUCAAUCAGCGGUACAACCUGAACCGGACAAACAACCAGCUCCUGCGUGCUGAUCUCCCCGUGGCAAAGACAGUGCAACGCACUGAGGAGGAAGAGGCUGACUUCAUCCGCCGCACCUACGAAGAGAUGCUGAAGCAGCAGGAAGAGCAUGAUGCCAAGGUUGCCCUGGAGUUGCAACAGCAACUGCAGAGGGAGGCAGCCUUGCAUGCAGCUGCACAGGAGGAAGACCAGAGACUUGCUGUGGAGUUGCAGAGGAGAGAGCUGCCGAAGAAGCUGGACAGGAUAGAACGGAGACGCAGAGACAUUUUCUCACUGAAGACACUUUUAUGGGCAUAUGAUGCACUACCUUCAGUCCUGAAGAGGCUUUCAAUUGGCGAGGACAGUUCUGGUGCCUUCUUUGAUGACAGUGAAAGCAGGGAUGAGGACUUCUCGGACUUCUGCCUACAGCCACCCCCUGGACUCAGUGGGGAGGACCUCAGGAAGUUCCAAGAAGAACAGGAUGCAGAGCUAGCAAGGCUUCUUCAGGAACAGGAAACAAAGAUACCUUAUUCAUCAGUGAGACGGGGUGCAAGUGCCAAUGAUCGCCAGAUCGCUAUGGAGGCCCAAGACAGAGAGCUGGCCAAGAUGCUGCAGGACCAGGAGAAGGCACGACUGCGCAGGGCACGGGAAAGGGCUCGGCAGAAGGCUCUGCUUCAGCAGCAGCAGCAGACGUAUGUUCCCUUACAGAAUUCUAUUGAAGAGCCAAACUCCAGUGGCCAACAUGCACCUUCAGGCGAUUUGAGUGGAGAGCCCCUUGAAAAUUCAUCGGCAGCCAAGGCUGACGGAGAGCCAGUGGGUGCUGCAGCCUUCCUGGUUGGUCCGAGUGGGGUGAAGAACAUUGCCACCGAAAUUGACCCGACUUUCAGCCGUCGAAAGCCAUCGUUGGAACGUCGUGGCAGCGGACGGCGGAGCAGCUCACGUUCUCCUCACAACACCCUGGACCCUCUUGAGGGUGGCGCCGACAACACCACACCUCCUGGAACAAUCUCGGGAAGCUCAAGCACCAUAGGUGGAUCAACGUCCAGUCCAGCAUUGGCUAAUGCCUGCUACGUUGACCUGGACGAUGGCGAAGGUGCUGUGCCUCCGUACAUGCCGAUCCAGGGCCAGCGGAGGUCAAGCUCCUUCGAGAAGGGCAAGAAGGGGAAGAAAGCAAAGGAUGCAUGCAAGACGCAGUAGUUGCUCUCCCCGCAGCAGAAUAGUUGACUUGAAGAGGAGCGGCCCGUCCUGCGAUUCCUGCCAGGUCUGCUGUUCAAAAGGAGGCAGUGAUGAUUGUGUCAUCUUGUUUGGGAAUGCUGACUUCUGUAUUGUGCGAGCGCGCUUUUGUAAAAUUGGUACUGUCAGACUUGUCAGUUGGCAUGCUCUAGUUAUCUUUGCACUUGAGCAAAAGAAAAACUCUAGGUAGUCUCCACAGAGGCAGGGAAACUGCUGCCACUGUGUAGCUUUUGACACAGCCACUGGCAAGUUAGGACUUCAGGCAGCUGUACAAGAAAUUCAACCACACAGAAAACUCUCAUUGUCUCAUUUCUUUCCCUGUGGCCUCUGAUACUAUAUUUAGUAUUCUACAUCCAGAUUGUAGACAUGUCACAGUGCAAGGAAGUUGAAAAAUCCCUUCGGAGCCUUUUGUUGCUUUAUUUUUGUUAUCAAUUUUUUAAAGACAGGUGUGCCUUUUGAUAACGAACAAAAGCUGUGCUGUGAUAGAAGUUUAUCUAUCUUCAAAUUCUUUGUUGUCUUUCAUAUUGGGCUCUCUUUCUCUCUCUCAUUUUCUUAAUCUUAAGUUUUAGCAAGCAAAAAGCAAGUGGCACUGGAGGCACUGACAUAAUGCAAAACAAUAACAAACGCAAGCAUUUUUUCAAUCUCAGUACAAGUACUGUAAUUAGUCUUCAUGGCAGCUGCACAACUCAUUCUUCAGUAGUCUUAUGUGCAUAUCUUCUCAAUCCACCAUAUCCAAAUAGAGGCAAUAUCAUGGCAUGUUUGACAAGGAUCAGAGGCAGUUUGUUACUGUUGUGCCUGGAGAGGGAGUAAGCAGUUCAGAAGGUUUAAACAGAGCUGGUUGCACGGUGCUCCCUCAGUGUCCUUUGAGGGCUUUUUUGACAAGCACUUCUUGGGACAUGGCAAGAUAAAAGUGCCACUCAUCAACCCAGGGCCAACUCAAGCAGGUGCGUACUCGUUUAGCAUCCAUGUUUUUAAAGUGAGCUUGUUAAGUACAGUUUGCUGCUAGUCCCACAGUUACAAAAGAAGAAAGAGAACUACAGAUAUAUACACCCACACACACACACACACACACAUAUAUAUAUAUAUAUAUAUAUAUAUCUAUAGAUAUAUACAUGCCUUUGGCAACUGUUAUAUAGUCCCAGCAUGUAGAGAAUUGGAAGAAGCACGUCGGUGCUCUUGCACCUGAGUGGCAGGAGUACUGCUCUCCUAAGAAGCAAAGCAAAAUGCACUAAUCAAGCGGCAAGUUGUAUUACACUUUAUAAAUGCUGUGGUACAUUGCAACAGCAUCUUCAACAAGAAGUGCAGGUGGGAAAAAAAGGCGUCUUGGUCAGUGGUAGCAUGUUUUUACAAUGGGCAUGUACAUUUUAUAAAGAGUGUUGUCUUUUGAAUGUGUCAUGCAACAGUGAUUGUUGUAAAAUUUGAGUGCACUUCCUUCCUUUGUGACCCAUAACUGGUGCUCCCCUGCUGGCAACAAUUACAUGUAUGCAGUGUAGAUGACACAACUGCAGCAUGCAUUGCAUGACACAAGAUGGAAGUGCGCUUGAAGAUAGAAAUUAUUGUUGCAGUAUAAACACAUACCUUAAAAAAAACAAGAACUUAUUUGAUAGUGCUAGUGGAUUACUCCCAACAAGCUUGUGGUACAUUUGACUGGUUGCUUUCAAGUGCUUCUGCUAUGCAGUUUACAUGUGGCUGGUUGAAAUCAAGUGCUCAGAACACAUUUGCAUGGUUCAUUUAGCGCGCCAUGCUCCAGCUCAGAGCACUCGAGAGGAGCUCACACGUUUGAACUGAGAUCUGACAAAAUUCUGAUGUGGCGCCUCAAAUUGCUCUGCGAGUAGUGGAAUGUUCGGCAUGGGCAGUCUUUCUCUGGAUCCAAUGUCAACAGGCCUCUGCACUGCUGCCAAUCAUGUCAGAGUGAAGUAAACCAGUCAAAUGUACCUUUGGCAAUCUGCAAGCUGGCCAGGGCAGGUUGUGUAGUGCCACAUAGCCUUGGAGGGACACUAAAGGCAAAUAUUAAGUCAAGCUAUAGUGAUAGAUUAGUGUUCGAGGAUCUCUAAGACAUCAAUAUUAUCACAAACAGAGCCUUAAUAAUCGAUAAAUUGAAGUAAAUGCAGGACAUGAUUAGAGACUCCCCCGGGACAUUCAAGUACUUGCCCGAUGACAAAAGCACUCCUCAGUUAAAUUCUGUCACUAGUACUGAACCACUCUUUGCAAAAAACAUAUUUUAUUGCGUUAUAAGACAAAGUAAAGUGCUACUUGUCAGUUCUAUCUCAUUUUUAGAAAAAUGAACUCGUUGAAAUUAUCCUUGACAACAACGCGGGCGGUCAAAAGGUUUUGUUUUCACUCGACUCGGCGCCGCCCACGCUUUCGCGUUUCAGUAGUUUUCUUAUCGCAUAGUGCUGCGCUGGUUUUGCUGGCUCGUGAAACUCGCACAAACUGCAAGUAGCAGAGAAUUCAACUUCCAUGUGAUGUCGCUGGUGCCCGAAGGGUCUAUGGCCACUUGACCAAAAAGCAGAUGCAAUGGCGAAUCCAUCGCUCUGUCUUAGCUCAGUACCACCAUCUGUCGAGCGUCGUUUUACUCACUGACGGCAGCAAAUGGUGGUGAUGGCAUAUGCAACAUCGCCACUCCUUGGUUAGGUGGCGGGAGAUUUGAAUUUCGAAAAAGGUAUUCAGGUCCUUCAGAUGCAAUUUUCUCGUAAAGUAAGUCUUUUCUUGGCACAAAACAAGUUUUGUGAGGUUUCUGGAAUGGUAUUUAAACAGUCCAUGCCGACUUGGUGUUUGCUUUUACUGUCCCUUUAAGUUCAAAGGACAGCAGCAGCCUUGCCACUCCAGUAGCACUGAUCUCAAUUGCUAGAUAGAGCACUUCAUGUAUUUCUGUACAGGAUAACACUCAAUCCUAUUACUAUCAUACUAAGGAAGCCCCUAGUGUUUUCAGCCAUUUUUGCUGCAUCUUGCACCCAUGUUGUGUGCAACCUUUCUUGGUACCAGUAUUUUGGACACUUUAAUACCUCUUUCCUGAAAACCUUUCAUCUGUCCUCUGAAUGCUUUAUUGUAAUACCAAUAAUAUAGCUAGUGCACCACCAUGUUGAGUCAUGUGCACAAGAUAAAAAGUACAAUCAGACUGCAGUAAGUCCACUGUGCUGGUGCAGCACAUCCUUUUAAGUGAAACAUAACCAAUGCUUGCAGUGCAUGCACAUACCGUGAUCACUAGAGGGAUGUUGAUUACCAGCUGCAUGUGGAAAUUUACUCUGACGGAAAUGCAGCCUUUCAGAAGUUUUAGUGGCAUUCACGAUAUUGACAGAAAUUUCCUCAUUAAAUAUUAAGAACAGGAAUUUUUGGCUUUGGUACAAUGUAAUUGCUCCAGUUUACAUUGUGGACAUACAUUGAAGAACGUAGCACACAGACAGAUUUUUGUUAUAACUGUGUACAUUGAGCUAUUCACUGUUAAAUAUUUGCUGCUGUAGAGAUGGUACUACUAUAUAUUGUGAAUAGUGCACCUACAAAAAAAGAAAAGCUUGAGACAAGUUGUUUCAAUUUCUUUUUAUACAUUUUGCAUCACAACCAUUCACAAUAUAUACAAGCUAGGCCCUCAGAGAGUUCUUAAAAACAAAGUUCUGUAAUCUCCUCAUUAAAAUCAUAUUAACAUAAUCUACGGCACGACUCGGUGAUCGCAGCUGUGCAGUUGUCUAGUAUUGAGAUGCCAUACUAUAUUAUCUCAUAUUGUUGUGCAGCAUAAUUUUCUCUUUCAGGCUACCCCUUGCCUAUGUUUCCUUCUCUUUUUUCUGUAUUAACAGUCAUCGAAAGUAUGUGAUUUCGUAUGUACACAAAUACAUAUUCUGCCAUGAACGUGGCAAAAAAGUAUGCUCUUAAAACAUUUUAGGGUGUCAAGUUAAACACUUGCAGCCUGUUUUACUGCCGUACAACUCAUAUUUUAUUUGUGUUCAUUAUAUAAAGAGAAGUGUCACAAUAUCUCUUGAAAGAUCUUUGUUUUGUUCUUGAAUUUCUGUGACAGCUUGUUGGAAUGGCUGAGUUUGUGUAGCAUUUGAUCCUUUUUCUUCCUUCUUUCUUUUUUUUUUUUCUGAAGACGUGCUGGGCUGUUUGAAGAAAGGGCCCAAUGUGAAAACUGCCGAAAAUAAAUUGUAUUUCUGAACUGAAA